AUGUCUGAUACAGCUGGCAGUAGUACUGAAAAUAUUGACGUUGUCAUCAAGUCUUCGUCCGACAAGAAAUAUACUCUGUCACUACCCAUAUCGACUAGAAUUGAAGAACUCAAGGCACAACUGGCGCAACAAUCAGAUAUCCCUGCCGAUAGACAAAGACUGAUCUUUGCUGGCCGGGUAUUAAAAGACAAUGAAACUCUUGAAUUUUACAAGAUCAAAUCUGGCCAAACUAUUCAUUUGGUGAAGGGAGCUGCUCCCCCAGGUAGCACCAGCGGCACUGCAUCAGGUGCUUCCACUACAGGUGCCAGCGCCACUGGAUCCAGCCCCUCAUCUAACAGUUCCAAUUCUACAGCUUCCCAAGUUCCUGGAAAUAUUGCUGCUGGUGCUGGUAGUGGCAACCUUUUGGCAGACUUGACUGGUGCAAGAUAUGCUGGAUUGGCUCAAUUGCCGUCAGCUUCCAUGUUCGGCCCUGAUGGUGGCAUGGGUGCUGGAGCCAAUUCUGAACAACUUCUUAAUCUGAUGGAGGAACCAGGUUUUGCUCAACACAUGCAACAAGCUUUACAAAACCCAGCUAUUGUCGAUCUCAUGAUUAAUUCCAACCCCCAACUAAGGCAGAUGGGUCCUCAGUUUAGACAAAUGCUGCAGAGCCCUGAAUUUGUUCAGAUGAUGUCCAAUCCUCAAACCAUUCGUACUAUGAUGCAAAUGGAAAGAAUGUUUGGAGGUGCUGGUGCUGGCGCUGGAGGUGCAGGGGCCAAUUCAUUCCCAGCUCCAGGAUCUACUGAUAAUAACGGUAGUACUACUACUGAUAGCACGGCAUCGAGCGAUACUAGUGCUAACGCUGGAACCGGUGCUGGAGCUAAUCCUUUCGGUGGUUUGUUCCCCAAUGGUCAAACCCCAGAUGUCUCUGCAAAUCCAUUCGCUGCUCUUCUUAACCCUCAACGUCAUGCUAAUGCUGCUGCUGCUGCCGGAGGUGCCGACAAUGCCUCAACCAACCAAUUCAAUCAAUUUAACCCAGCUCUUCUGGCUAGCUUAUUAGGAGGAAAUGCUCCUGCUCCAGAACCUCAAGAUGACAGACCACCAGAGGAAAGAUACGAAUCACAGCUUAGACAACUCAAUGAGCUAGGGUUCUUCGAUUUUGAUCGCAACGUGCGUGCUCUUCGCCGUAGUGGUGGUAAUGUGCAAGGAGCUGUUGAGGCUCUUCUCGAUGGUCAAGUCUGA